AUGGAAACAAUUGUAAUUCCGGACAGAUUUGCACUGACAGAAGAACAGUUAAUUCAAAUUGCCAUCGAGGAAAAUAUCUCAAUCACAGAUGUUGAACAAAUUGAAAUAUCACAGGAUAAUCUUCAUUUGAACGAAAGUCAAAUCCGAUCUUUAAUCACUCAAAUAAAUUUGAUCAAUUGGAUAUCUUCAACGUUCACGUUAUCAUCAGAACAAUAUUCAUGGCUUGUUCUUCAACUCGAUCAAUUAAUCGAAUUGUGUAAUCAACAAAUGAUUGAUAUAUAUAGUCUUCUUGAUAAUGAAACUAGUUCACAAGAUUCAUCAUUACUUGACAGGUCUAAAAUCAAGUUUACUCUCUCACCUUCACAAAUUGCACAUUUAAUCAAACAAAAUAAUUUUGAUAUUCAAAAAUUAAUAGAUAUUGAACAAAACUUAAAAAAACACGGCAUACAAGAUCAACAAUUUCGUUUAAAUUCAUCACAAUUGGCUUAUUUCUUUGCUCAUCGUCGUCUUGUUAACAAUCAAAGAAUUGUUGGAUUUACUGUCGCUCAGCUCAUCGGCAUCUAUAUGUUGCAACAAAAUUCAAACGAAAAUGAUCAAUCAUUAUUGUUUUCAUUUGAUUAUCAACAAAUCAAACAGCUAGCUUUAAUUCAAAGUAAAUGA